AGAAGCGCAACAAGCUCUUAUUUCACAACAGCAUUUCCUUCGAAGAGUGAGUGGUGCUGCAUUCAAGUUGGCUGGGACACCAUACAUGCACGCAACAUGGCCACAGAAGCACUUGAGAGCCAGCCGCAAGAGCAGGUCUCGGAAAACAACCAGAUCAAAACGUCCAUUGGCACGAUGACCAACAUCCAGGAUGCCCAGCAAGGACUCGUGACGCCAGCGGGCGUCCAACACCAAGAAAAAGAUGAUUAUUGGACUCAGAGGGUGGUGACAGAUGGCCUCGUCAAAGGCGUCGUCUUCGAAUGGUUCCAAGACCUGACCAGGCGUGUUGCGAGCGUUGAGGGGAAGGUGCAGGAAAACGCAACCCAGGAGGCGACCAGUGACGUUGAACCAGCUCAAGAUGUGACCCUGCAAACCAUGAAGAGAGUUCCCGAAGUAAAGGAAUGCAAUUGGGAGCAGUUCAAAAACCGAUACCAUCCGGAGCAAGGUGUCCCAGCCGUUGAGACGCUUGUUGGGGACCAAGGCCUGGAUCGCGAAAUGGAAGAGGAACAGCUCAGGCGCCUUGAUUCGGAUGCCAAAAACACCUUUCUGGCUGGCAAGAGCAACCUCUCCGCCACAAGAACGCAAGCAAACCAGAAAGUCAUGGACCACCGGAUCGAGCGCAUCCGCAUCAACUCAAGUGCCGUCAUGUCUUUGCUCGCUGAGGUCACGGGCCAGCCGACGUGGCGAAGCGACCAACCACACGUCUUCUUCAGUCCUUUCAAGGUCCCCAUCUUCUUCCACGACAAAAUGGAAGAGGAACUCGAAAGACUAAGGAAGGCUCUCUCUGAAGACUCGAUCGAGGUUGCAGAGGGGGCACCGGUCCCGGAACUCGAAGAACCUGUCGACCCAGCACCAGCUGGUACUAUGGCAGCUGCGCAUCAAGCCUAUAUGGAGAUCAAGUGUUAUGUGGAAUUUGUGAGAGACCGACUUGUGCCAAAAUAUCACAAGUUUGACGCACAGAACCACGAAACGCGCACCAAGAUCCAUUUCAGUGAGCUCUGGUCGCUCUUUCGCUUCGGUGAAAUAGUGGUCGAGCGACAGCAAGACGGCGCUGAUCUGAAGCGAAACCAGGAAUCAAAGAUUGAAAACAAAGGGACAAAGCACGCAUCUGAGCGCCGAAUAUGGAAGGUUUUCACCAUUGUCAACCCAGUCGUCGAUUGGAAGGUUGAUAACCUCGAUGCUGCAGGCAGCACCCUUCGGGGCGACCAUGAAUUCGACGGUGAGAGGGAAUUCUUGGUGCAGGCAUACCGUCUGGACUACGAUGGAACAAGGUACUCGACCGUUCCGAGGCAUUUUUGGAUUGCGCCGUUUACGGGUGAGAAGGAUAUUACUAAACUGCCGAUAUACCCAUUGCGGUUCCAGAGAGACCCCGAGGCUCUGAUGAAGCGCUUGCAGAAGAGAGGGGAGAAGUUCCAGAAGCUCAUAAGCUAUGAGCAUCAUGCUAUCGAGCACGACGGGUGGACACUUUCGGAAGACCCAUCUGGGAAUUCAAUCCUCAACCCGGACGCCGCGGGAAGACUGAUCGCCGCCCACAUCGACAGCAACGUGAUCAUCGACUUUGCCGAAGGAUAUCAGUGGGCUCCGGCCUGGAAACCGGACUUCAGGACAUAUACGAGUGAGGUUUGGUCCCCUUCCAUCAACCAGGACAAAUUCCCCAUUAUCCAAUGGUCAGGACCUGACCGCACGCGGGAGUUAUUUCGCGUCACAGAAACUGUCAUCGAAGACGACGAUGUGACCGAGCUGCAGUGGCAGGUGCUCGCAGAUAAGGACGAUUACAUUGUGGACCGUGAUCAGCGCGCAGAGCGAGAUGGUAGCCACGAAAGUGAGGAAGAUAAACAGGUGCUCACGGACGAAAAUCUGGCCCUACUGCCCGGGCGGCUGGUGGCGUACUCUCUUCGUGACCGGUUCUUCACCAAUGUCGACAUCAACUCGUGCAAGAUACCAGCAGAAAUCCCCGACCCGUUUGCCGACCUGAAAAUCGACCCCGCGGACAAGACCCUCAUUCGCUCCGUCGUCCAUGAUCACUUCGAGAAGAAGCGCGUUCACAGGCAGCUCCAGGCAAAGGGGGAAGGGGCCCUGGAACAAGAUUUCAUCCCGGGCAAAGGCAAGGGCUUAAUCAUCCUGCUUCAUGGGCCGCCAGGUGUUGGGAAGACUGCUACCGCAGAAGCCGUGGCUUAUGCUCACAACAAACCGCUGUUUCCCAUUACCUGUGGUGAUCUGGGUAUUGACUCGAAUACCGUUGAGGAUAGGCUGUCCAAGAUCUUUCGGCUCGCCAACACGUGGGACUGCGUUCUUCUGUUGGACGAGGCGGACAUCUUUCUAUCCCGACGCGAAAAGAUGGACGACAGCUUGCAACGAAACGCUUUGGUAUCUGUUGGUGUCCUUGACGAAGCAUUGAGCUCGCGAGUGCACAUUAGCAUCUUCUUCAAACACCUCAGCUUCGCACAGACGCACGAGCUAUUCCAGACCAACCUGGCCCGCGCUAGACUGAUUGCUGCACAACGAGCAGAGGUACACAAGGAGCCGCCUCUGAUCCUCAAAGAUCAGGAGAUUAUCAGCUUCGCCAUGGAGCGAUACGAGACAAGUCGACAGGUCAACCCCAAUGCACCAUGGUGGAAUGGUCGUCAGAUUCGCAAUGCCUUCCAGAUCGCUACCUCGCUCGCCUACGCAUCAGCGCCGGAUCACCCAGAGACAGGUCAGAGGUCCCUAGGUCGCGUGCACUUUGAACAGAUCCACUCCGCCAUCAAGGACUUUACCGACUACCGUGUGGGUGUACAUCGCAAGAACGAGGAUGAGAUCGCCCAUGAGCGAGCGGAGAGAGCGCCUGCCCGGGAGGCGAGGCCGGCGCACAGGCGAUAUGACAGCCGCCACGAGUCGGCUCGAUCUCCCUCCCCCAUGAGAUUUACGCAAUCGCAGUUUCAAGCCCAUACCAGCACUAUGGUCACACCAGAGAGGUCGGGCGGAGGGGACUUUUACAGCCCAGCGGCACCAGACAGCGCCAGGUAUGUUGCCAGCACGCCGUCUCGCCUCCCAAGCGAACCGCCGUCGUUCGCACCUGGGUACAAGCAGCCGACUCAGGGGGCAUACGGGACCCACGCAACCGAGCACCUACUGCCCCCCGAUGCUCACAACACGCGCAUGUACGGCGGGAACCAGUAUUCGAGCUAUCGAGCUCAAGAGCAGGAGGUUCAUCCCGGACGUCACAGUCUGGGUGAUAUGUAG